UCAAGAUAGUACAACAUUACAAGAAAAAAAAAUAAAAAAAAAUACACACAAUGAGGCUCGGAUCACUUUCGUCGAUGCUCCCCCUUGGGUUCGUCCUAAUGACCUUUAUUAGUCAUUGUUAUGGACAUGACCUAAGAGUCGGGUUUUACGAUGGCAAGUGUGGGGGACAGGACAUCGAAAAAUUAAUUUACGGGAUAGUCAAGAAGAAGAUCGCUAAGGAUCCUGAUGUCGUGUCAGAUCUUACUCGUCUAUUGUUCCAUGACUGCUUUGUUAGGGGUUGUGAUGGAUCGAUUUUGCUGAAGGGAAAUCAUACUGAGCAAAAAGCACACAUAAAUAAACAUGUUGCUGGAAUGGACGACAUCGAUGAUAUUAAGAAGGCCGUAGAGAAAGUUUGUCCAGGGGUUGUCUCUUGUACUGAUGUCCUUGUUAUGGCUGCUAGAGAUGCUGGUUUCCUAGCAGGAGGAAAACGGUACGACGUAGAGACGGGAAGACGAGAUGGACGUGUGUCUUCAAGCAAAGAAGCAGAAGCAAGCCUUCCUCCUCCUACAAUUCCCGUAAAUAAAGCCAUUCAAAUGUUUGCUAAAAAUGGACUUAAUGAGCGUGAAUUUGUUGUUCUUUUAGGUGGACAUACUGUUGGAACUGCACACUGCAACUCAUUCAAGAAUCGUUUGUAUAACUUCAACAACACUCAAAAACCAGACCCAACCAUAAAUUCAGCCCUUCUUCCACUGUUAUGUAAAACGUGUCCUCUUCACAGUCAAAGCGAGAAUGAGACGUUCCUAGACCAUAAUCCGACUAGCCAUUUCAAGAUGGAUAAUGACUACUACAAGCAAAUUGUAGCACACAACGGCACUCUAGAGAUUGAUCAAAACUUGGCAAUAAAUCCUUUAACUAGAGGAAUUGUGGAGGAGCUAGCUAAUAGUCCUGAUCAAUUUUUGAACGAAUUUGGACCUGCGAUGGUGAAAAUGGCUAGGAUCGGAGUCCUUACAGGAGACCGUGGGGAGAUUAGAAAAACUUGCGCUUCCGUGAAUUAAGAAUACGAUUACGGGCCUCAAUUCAAUUUAGUUCAUUUUACGUUACCUUUGAUUUGUUUGCAACAACCUCCGUUUUUAUAAUUGUAACAUGCAUGUUUCAUUUGCACGUGUCACAAAAAAGAGAUAGCAUAAGGUAAAUGCUCAAAUUAAUUGAAACUACUUAAACGUAACAUCAAUAAGAGAGAAAGGUUGGUUUAUUGAUGUUUUAAGUUAUACCAAAGUAUUAACUUUCUCGAUUAAUAUUUUCUAAUAGAAAACAUGUUACGAUCACAAAAAUAGUACGGAGGUGGUAAUUGUAAUUUUUUUAUUUUUUUUUUAUUUUUUAUCUUUAAUUAAAAAUGAAUUGACGUUGUAUUUUCCAACUAGCAUUGGACCUUGGAAUAAAGUUUCUUCUUACAGAAGAACCAAGUGUUGUACGGUUGUUUAUGUGAGAUUGCAAGUACAAAGAAAGUUUUUGUUACUGUUUAGGGAUCAAAGUGAUUCUUCACCGAUCUCUAUUAUUUAAUUGUAGUACGUUUAUUAAAAAAAAAAAAAAAAUAAGUUUUUGUUUUCAUCUUGUUGUA